AUGCGCCCGAAAGACUGUGGGCAGAGCUGCGCUGGGGACCGGCCGGGCCCAGGACCCGGGGAUCCGGCAGCAGCCACCCCCGCACUGCCACCCGCAGCCAGUCCCGCUCCUGAGCCCUCCGCCGAGCCUGAAGCCGCUCCUGCGCACGCAGCGGCGGCUGGACAAGGAGCAGGAUCUGGAUCCCCAUCCGUCUCGGGACCCCCAGCCGGAGUUCGCUUGGCCUCCGAGGCUGGAUCGGAGGCAGGAUCCCAGCGCGCAUCUGCAUUCUCGGCCGUCCAGGGGAAUGCCCAGUCCGUGCCCGGCGACUCGGAUGUGCCAUGGACCCACUUCAUAUUUCAAGGGCCCUUUGGUCCCCGGGCCACUGGCCUGGGCACUGGAAAGGCGGCGGACAUCUGGAAGACGCCAGCUGCCUACAUUGGCCGGCGGCCGGGGGUGUCGGGCCCCGAGCGUGCCGCCUUUAUUCGGGAGCUAGAGGAAGUGCUGUGUCCUGACCGACCCCCGCCAGGCAAGAAGAUCAGCCAAGAAGAUGUGCAAGUGAUGUUAAAUCUGCUCGAGGAGCUUCUCCCACCUGUCUGGGAGAUCUCAGAAACCAGGAAAGUAUUCCCUGUGGAUGGGGGGGUCCCUCUGCAGAGAGAGCGGGACCUGAAUACGGCAGCUCGCAUCGGCCAGUCCCUGGUGAAGCAGAACAAUGUUCUGAUGGAGGAGAACAGCAAGCUGGAAGCCAUGCUGGGCUCAGCCAGGGAGGAGAUUUUACACCUCAGACACCAGGUGAGCUUGCGGGAUGACCUCCUUCAGCUCUACUCAGACUCUGAUGAUGAGGAGGAAGAGGAGGAGGAGGAGGAGGAAGAAGAAGAAGAGGAGGAAGAGGAAGAGGAGGAGGAAGAGGAGGAGGAAGAGGAAGAGCAGCAGAGUGAUCUUCCUUAUGAAGACCCCGAGCUGACACCUCUGACGGAGUCGGAGUCGCUGCACCACUGCCCACAGCUGGAAGCCCUGCAGGAGCAGCUGAGGCUGCUGGAGGAGGAGAAUGACCAGCUGAGAGAGGAGGCCUCUCAGCUCGAUGCCCUUGAGGAGGAGGAGCAGAUGCUCAUUCUGGAUUGUGUGGAGCAGUUUUCGGAGGCCAGCCAGCAGAUGGCUGAGCUGUCAGAGGUGCUGGCAAUCAGGAUGGAGAACCAGGACCAGCAGCAGAGGGAGGUCAGCCAGCUGCGGGCGCAGGUCGUGAAGCUGCAGCAACGUUGCCAGCUGUAUGGGGCUGAGACUGAGAAGCUGCAGCGGCAACUGGCUUCGGAGAAGGAAAUCCAGAUGCAGCUCCAGGAUGAGCUGCAGGACCUGCGGGAGAAGUACACGGAGUGUGGGGGCAUGCUGAUUGAGGCCCGGGAGGAGGUGAAGACCCUCCGCCAGCAAGCCCCGGUGUCCACUGGCUCUGUCACCCACUAUACAUACACUGUGCCUCUGGAGGCGCUUCCUGGUUUCCAGGAGACCCUGGCUGAGGAGCUCAGAACAUCUAUCAGGAGGAUUAUCUCAGACCCUGUGUUUUUUAUGGAAAGGAAUUAUGAAACAACCACAGAGGAGACGUCUGACCUGGGAUACGAGCUACGCUACAGUGAGGCACAAGAGCAGGAACAGGGGUUCGAGGCUGAGGAGGGUUUGAUGCCGGCAGAGGAUUUUGUGCCGGCGGAAAAUUUCAUGCCUGCGGAAGACUUGAUGCCUGAGGAGGAGCUGGGGACCGCAGAGGAGGUGGUGCCAGCUGAGGAGGAGGUGACGGAAGAGGCAGAGCUUGUGUCAGAGGAGGCCGAGGCCUGGGAAGAGGUGGAGCCAGAGCUGGAUGAGACAACGCAGACGAAUGUGGUGACUUCAGCCCUGGAGGCCAGCAGCUUGGGCCCCUCGCACCUGGACAUGAAGUAUGUCCUCCAGCAACUGGCCAGCUGGCAGGAUGCCCAUUAUAGGCGGCAGCUGAGGCAGAAGAUGCUCCAGAAAGGUGAGUGCUCCCGUGGGGGCCUCCCUCCCGCCAGCCGGACAAGCUGCAGAUCGUCAAGCCAAUGAA